AUGGAUAGACUGUUAAAUGGUAUUGAGGGAGUCAAUCAAAAUAUUCACCAGAAUCCUCAAUACAAUUGCAAAAGAUGUGGAAAGGAUUUUGAUUAUGGUAUUAACUGUUACCACUUGGUUGUACGUGUUAGCGAUGAAUCAAAUGUUGAAGCCAAGUUUGUGCUUUUCAACAAUAUCGCGGAGAAGCUAAUUAGAAGACCUGCGUUUCAGUUGGUCGAAGAGGCUCCUCAGCCAUCGGAGCCUAAACCUGGAUUAACACAGCAAGCUAGAAAAGCGAGAAAGGAAAUACUGAAUAACAAAAGAACAAUAGGCCUUACUACCACAAAUAGAGCAAGGCCAGGUUCGAACAUUACAGGACCAUCGAGUUCUGGUCUUCCACCAUUGUUUGAAACAGAUUCAAAUCCUGAAGCUACUCAGUGUCCAAACCAAAACAAAACAAAUGAAUUCAUUCCUCCACCAAGGUUCAUCGUACAGGACCAUCCUGAAGCUUAUAAUAAUCGAUAUGAAAUGGAGAGUGAGUCUGAAAAUGAAGAUGAAUAUGACGACAAUCAGACUUACAGUGGCUAUCCUGGUGGAGAGUCUUUGAUAAACCCAUCACCACAACAUAUCCCACAACAAGAAAAUCAUACCGUUACUUCAUCUAUUACUAUAGGGUUACAAAAAAACGGUUAUUACGACGAAGGGGAUCCAGUUUGGAAUUGUAGGUUUUGUCAAGCAUACAUGUGGUAUGGUGAAAGAAUUGGAAAACGCCGUCGUAGCAAGAAACCUGUCUUCUCAAUGUGUUGUAAACAUGGAAAAGUUGUGCUUCCUCGCCUCGCGAAUCCUCCAAUGGAGUUAAUGUAUUUGUUAUGCAAAGGAGACGAAUUAAGUAAACAUUAUCGAGAGUUUAUACGAGCUUACAAUAUGAUGUUCUCUUUCACAUCACUUGGGGGGAAGAUAGAUCAUUCUAUUAACAAUGGUCGUGGACCAUUUGUUUUUCGAAUGUCCGGUGAGAACUAUCAUCGUAUUGGUGAUAUAGUUCCCGAGCCUGGACAAGCUCCAAAAUUCUCCCAGCUGUCGGACGGAGCUAGCGCUAAGAAACUAAGAGAACCACUUGUUCUUCUUCUGCAGAAUAUGUUAGAUCAGUAUAAUCCUCAUGUUAAGGCUUUUAGAUCUGCAAGAGAUAGGUUCGACGUGGAAGGAUCAACAGGUUAUAGGAUGAGGUUGAUUGAAAGUCGGCAAUCUGAUGGACGGACCCAUAAUCUGCCCACUGCAAAUGAAGUUGCUGCUUUGAUACCUGGAGAUUUUGUUUUAAAUAUGGAGCCCCGAGAUAUUGUUCUAGAGAGUACAAGUGGAAAGUUGCAAAGGAUAAGUGAAUUACAUCCGGCGUAUUUGCCUCUGCAGUAUCCACUAUUGUUUCCAUAUGGAGAGGAUGGUUUUCGAUUAAAUAUUCCAAUUGGUUUUGAAGACACGGCUGGGAGAAAACGCAAAAAUGUAACUAUGCGUGAAUACUUUGCAUUUCGCAUUUUAGAGAGGAAGGGGGAAGCACCCACGAUUACGAGAUCCGGAAGAUUGUUUCAUCAGUUCCUUGUGGACGCCUACACAAUGAUAGAAUCGAGUAGACUGCGUUACUUAUGGCUGAAUCAGAAAAAACUCCGGUCAGUUAGUUAUGAUGCAAUCCAGAAGACAGCUGCAAAAGGCGGAGCUAAGAUGGCUGAGCAAGGGAGCCGAAUUUUCAUCCCAGCAACUUUCACCGGAGGAAAACGUUAUAUGAAGCAGCAUUACUACGAUGCCAUGGCUUUGUGCAAGUACUAUGGAUUUCCAGAUCUUUUCAUCACUUUUACGUGCAAUCCAAAAUGGCCUGAAGUUACAAGGUAUCUGAAAAAAUAUAACCUUACCACCGAAGACAGACCUGAAAUUUUGUGUAGAGUUUUCAAGAUGAAACUCGAUAAUCUUAUUGAGUUUUUGACAAACAAGGACGGCUCCUUAUUUGACCCAGUUUCUGCAGUAAUGUACACGAUUGAGUUUCAGAAAAGAGGAAUGCCACACGCUCAUAUUCUCGUCUUCAUGCAAAAUGGAGCCAAAUUUCCAACAGCUGAUCAUAUAGACACUAUUAUAUCGGCUGAGAUACCUGACAAGACGGUAGAUCCAGACCUGUAUGCAAUCGUUGGGGAUUGUAUGAUGCAUGGUCCUUGCGGUCCAGCAAAGAAGGAUAAUGUAUGUAUGGUUAACGGUAAAUGCUCUAAGAUGUUUCCGAAACGACUGAACAUCAGGACAUCGAUUGACGCAAAUGGAUUUCCAGCUUACAUGCGUCGUAUUGAUGGUAGGUUCAUUGAGAAAAAUGGAAUCAGAUUAGACAAUGGAUAUGUUGUACCUUACAAUAGAAACCUCAUGCUUAGAUAUCACGCGCAUAUGAAUGUCGAGUGGUGCAUCCAAACGCGUGCUGUUAAGUAUCUUUUCAAAUAUAUCCAUAAGGGACCUGAUUAUGCUUCAGCUGCAAUGGAUAAAGAAGAUGAAGAUGGCGUCAUCGACGAAAUCAAAACAUAUUACGACUGCAGAUAUAUAACUGCAUGCGAGUCAUCGUGGCGGGUUCUUGCUUUUCCUACACAUUUUCGUACUACUUCUGUAGAGAAACUUGGAUUUCAUCUCCCUGAUCAGGAGCUGGUGUUUUUUGAUGAAGAUGAACCUAUUGAGAGUAUCCUCAAGAAAAAAUCUGUCAACCAAUCCAUGUUUCUGGCGUGGUUCAUAGCAAAUCAAAAAUAUCCAGAGGCAAGAGAUUUGACAUAUGCCGAAUUUCCAACAAAAUUUGUUUGGAAAGCAAGUAUGAGAGAAUGGGUACCACGUAAACGAGGCUUUGCGAUAGGGAGGAUUGCACAUAUUAAUCCAGCACAAGAUGAGCUAUAUUUCUUAAGAGUAAUGCUAAAUUGGGUAAGAGGGCCGAAAUCGUACGAGGAUAUAAGAACCGUUGAUGGUGUUGUAUAUUCUACAUACGAAGAUGCUUGCUAUGCUUUGGGUUUGAUGGAUGAUGACAAGGAAUACAUAGAAGCUAUCAAAGAUUGUAGUGAUAAUAGUUCUGGCACGUAUGCGAGGAAGCUUUUUUCGAGAAUGUUGGUAUCCAAAACAUUAUCUCAGCCUCAUGUUGUGUGGGAAGCUACUUGGGAGUAUCUAACCGACGAUAUUCUCUACAAGAAACGACGACAAACUGGAAAUCUCGAGUUGAACUUGACCAUAGAUCAUAUCAAAAACAUUGCUCUAACCGAGAUUCAAAAUCAUUUGCUUAGCAAUGGUCGUAGCCUCCAGAAAUGGCCCCUAAUGCCAAAGCCAGAUGAUUUUGGUUGUUACAACGGCAAUCGCCUUAUAGAUGAUGAGCUUAAGUAUGUUGUGGAAGAUCAGCUAAAGGAAAAUGAAAGACUUAUGGCGAUGAUAACAGAUGAGCAAAGAGGGGUUUACAACGAGAUUUUGGAUGCAGUUUUAAAUGAUAGCGGUGGAGUGUUCUUUCUUUAUGGUUAUGGAGGCACAUGUAAAACCUUCGUAUAUAGAGCACUCUCAUCAGCAAUCCGAUCUAGAUGUAUGAUUGUUCUAAAUACCGCAUCCAGUGGAAUUGCUGCAUUAUUGUUGGAAGGAGGUAGAACCGCACAUUCCAGGUUUGGUAUUCCGAUAGAUGCCGACGAGUUUACUACUUGCAAGAAAAUGGAGCCAGGAUCAGAUCGUGCAGAAUUAGUUAAAGCAGCAAAGCUCAUUGUAUGGGAUGAGGCGCCUAUGAUGAGCAGACACUGUUUCGAGACUUUGGAUCGUUCUAUGCGUGAUAUUAUAAGAUCUUCUGAAGACAAACCUUUUGGAGGUAAAGUAGUUGUUUUCGGUGGAGAUUUCAGACAGAUUUUACCGGUCAUACCUGGAGGUGGUAGAGCAGAGACUGUUUUGCAAGCUCUUAAUUCGUCAUAUCUUUGGGAGCACUGCAAAGUUCUGAAGCUAACAAAAAACAUGAGAUUGCUCGCUGGGCUUACUGAUGAUGCAGCAAAAGACCUUCAAUCCUUCUCAAAAUGGAUUUUGGAUGUUGGAGAUGGAAAAAUAAAUUUGCCAAACGACGGUCAGGUUGACAUUGACAUUCCUUCUGAUCUGUUGAUCAAAAAUAUUGGAGAAGAUCCGAUUCAAACUAUUGCAAAGGAGUUGCCAGGUGAAUACAAGGUUUACCUUAGCUCUGACAGUAUAAUCCCAUCCGAUGUUGAUGUAGAAAAAAAUGUUACCUAUCCAACAGAGUUUUUGAACAGUGUUAGAGUGGCAGGAAUGCCUAGACAUAAUUUGAAGCUGAAGGUUGGUGCUCCUAUUAUGUGUCUCCGUAACUUGGAUUUGGUAGAUGGCUUAUGCAAUGGUACUAGGCUAAUUGUUACUCAGUUGCUCCCACAUGUUAUAGAAGGUAGAAUUAUAACUGGAAACAGUACUGCUGGAGACAAAGUCUGGAUUCCUAGAAUGUAUGUCAGUCUACCUGACACAAAAUUUCCCUUCAGAAUGCGUCGAAGACAGUUUCCCGUUACACUGGCUUUCGCGAUGACCAUCAACAAAAGUCAAGGUCAAACACUAGAAAGUGUUGGUUUGUUUUUGCCUAGGCCAGUGUUCUCACAUGGUCAGCUCUACGUUGCACUUUCAAGAGAAGGAUGGGUGGUGAUGACUACGAAGAUCGAUACUAUUUCAUUCUCGGAAUAA